AUGUUGAGAGGGAUCCUUCAGAGGCUGACGGGAUUCGCCCCGACCCGCGCAUCGAUGAACUCUGCGUACGUGAGAGGCACAAACUGAUUGCCUUUGGAGCAUGCAGCACAUUUCUUGCUGUGCGUCUUGCGUGUGCGCAGGCCAUUGUCAUUAGCAAGCAGGAGAAGGCCAAGCUGGAGCGGCGGGGCUGCCAAUCGCCAUUCGACAUCAACUUCGUCAGCGCCACAAGUGGCGGAGAGCUGAGGCUCAAGGUCAUCCCGCCAUACCUGUAGCCCCGCACACAGGUGAGCGGACGGGCACACAGAGGGAGGGCAGGGCUGGGUGGAUGGAUGGUUAUGUGAUGUCUGUGUGUGUGGUGGUGCGUGCAGAUAGUGGACAUGUUUGGUUUGCCGGCCACGGGGUUCGACACCAACUGCGAGCACUACCGUGACCUGCGGCACCCCGUCAUCCCCGCCAUACUCGAGAUUAUCGUACAUAAUGGCCUCAAGGGGGUGCUCAUGGAGGGCGGAGGAGGUAAGUACACGGACAGGGAGACAAGCAGGCAUGCACGCAAUCGCAUGACUCUCUAUUUCAGCGCCGUUGGCUGAGUACGUCGAGACGGUGGCCAUGACAAUGGCGCAGGCCAAGGCGGAAGGGGCGACGCCGGGUAUGGUGAGGGCGAUCGGAUUCCGGCUGACCAUGCCGGUCAUCCACAGCGCCCUCCACUUCAUUAGCUGGGCCGCUCGCCUCGGCGUCGUCAUCGACGGCAUUCGGGUAUGUCCGUGAGCUAGUGGGCGGUGCAACAUACAAAGCCAUGUGUGUGUGUGUGUGUGUGCAAUCUCUGUCGAUAUGACAGUGAAGUUGCACGAGUCGGGCAGAGGGCAGCUGAAGCUGUAUGUCCUAGAGUAUCUCCGCCGUGCGUCCGAUGCCAAACAGUUGGUACGCCCGCAGAUUUCCUCUUUCUCAUUGACGUGUGAGCAUGCCUGUGUCUGGGACGACUCACAGGAGACCAUCACCGCCAAGGACUUCGCCGCCGUGAGCGAUGUGUGCGUGCACAUGCUCAAGAUGAUACCAGGCUCGGUAACGGACAGCACAGCCUGUGAAUGCCGUCCGUGUGUGUGCAGAAGUGGGCGUCCGUGUGUGUGUGCAACUUGUUGACGAUACUCCCGGCGGAGAAGGACUACGCCAUGGUGAGGCUACAGAGACAACCUCACUCAUCCAUCCAUCCAUCCCUCCGUCUGCAGGCUCUGUCGUUCGUAGAGGACUACUGGCCCGACUUUUGCCCCCGGCAACAAGUAUCCUACGAAGAGGUGAGCAGGCAAUCAACCGAGAGAGCAUUACUAACAGACACUGACACGCAAAUGUGCGGUUCUGUUCUGUGUCCCUUUUCAGGAGCUGGCCGCUGAGUUGGCAUACCGACAGGCGUUCAACAAGGUCCACAGCGUCUUCCACCUCUGUGUAAGGGAGCCAGCCAAUCCAACCAAAGAACAACCGGGCAACAAAGACCUGCAUGCUCACGUGUGUGUGUGUGUGUGUAUGUGUGUAUGUGUCUUCUUACCAGUACGACAUACAAGAGGCGCGCAACCUGUGUUACGUCUGCGAGUUGUCCAUGCCCAAUGAGUGGCGUGACACCUUCGUUGGCCGGCUGGCCUUCUUCCACGAUGAUCCCGCCAAGAAAUGGUCCAUCCUAGAGGUCAGCAGACAGACCACACACUCACACAAGGACAGCCAAAACGGCACACCCACUCCCCUCCACUCCCCGUUUGUUUGUCAGAUCACCGACGACGAGGGGAUGCCGUUGCCUGCCUGGGAGGGUGUCAGGAGUCUUCCAGACGACCACCCCUUCCUGAUUCGUGGUGACGAGGUGAUGUAUGGGCCGCUCAGAGGUGUACUGUUCGAGUGGAUAGGAGGUACGCCGGUGGGUGGAAAAGGCGGAAGAUACAUGAAAGGACGGCUCUGUGUGUGUGUGUGUGUGUGUGCGGAUGCAGAGGUUGGAGAGACCUGGUUGGACACGAGCCGCACGUGCCGCACCACGUGUGAGGACGGCCAGGCAGGAGUACGUCGCGGCCAUCAACAGAUCGCACGCCACAGCUGUUGAGGAAGGUACGAGAGGAGAGACACGGCGUAUUGUGACGCAUCGUAUUUCUCAUCAGCAGAAUCGGUGCCUACAUUUUAUAUCCCAAGACUUUUCAAAACAACCUCUGCAUUCUGCGCCCGUCUGACCAACACUGAUGUGAGCAUGCGUCAGAGACCUACAUGAACACGUACACACACCUGUCUGCAUCAUUACUUGGCUGUGUGUCUGCCUGUGUGUGUGGAUGGAUGGCUGCAGGAUACCGGCAGCCCGUCAGUAGAAGACCCGAGCCGCCUCGGUGCAGCAGAGGGCUAUGUGCCGCGCAUGCCCUCUCAAGGCGCCCAAGUGGCACGGUAUGCCCACUCGUGCCAGACCUUCUGGAAGCCGCCAUCGACAAGUACAUCAACCCAGCGGUGGCACCUGCCCUCACACACCUCCACCCCCACCCGCACUACCAGAUCCAGACCCAGCCCGAGCAGCCUGUCGUGGCCCUCACACCGAAUCCCCCCAGCCCCCACCGUGAGAACGCCGCUGCAUGGCCGCCCCCAGAGUCGGCCUACGAAGGGAGAUGGCUGCCGCGCGGCGCGGCACUGCCCAGCCACCCUCCCCCAGUGCCGUACGGGCACAUGCUGCCGCUCGAGUGGUCGGUGGAGGGCUUCCACGUGCCCAUCGAGAUAGGGGCUGCCGGGAGGGUGACCAAGGCCAUCCAUCUGCCUGGUGCGUGGGUAGCUGGCCAGGGUGUGGCGGGCAAGUGGGUGUGGCUGCCGCCAGAGGUGGCCGUGGCGGAGGGCAUUGGGGCGGGGUAUGGGUAGCGAUAUGCGGUCCCGCACCAGAGGCAGUAACGGAGCUAUUAGUUGCGUCCAGCUCAAUAUGACGGCCAAGCAGCCAACAAUUGUGUCGUGCGGAUGGAAUCAACUCAACCAAGU